GACCGCCAACGAGAGAAGACACCAGAGAUGAGUCUUGAGUCUUGUGUCUUACUGCAACCACUACUCUAUUGUCAUUUCACCGGCUCCAACCCUGUCAAAAGAAAUCUCUUCUAAACCUAUUAUUGUUUCCCUCUCUUUUUUAAUUUAAUGAACACCUCGCUCAACUUCAAUGAUAAUAACUGAUAAAAUAAAAAAGUUGGAAAAAGUUGCUGAUCGGUUGAAUUGAUUUGUUGAGUGAAAGGGGUUGACAAUGAAAAUAUAUUUUUUCGUGUGUGUUCUUCUGAGUGUUGACACCAUCACUGGGCUCGAUCCAGCCUUGGAUGGAGAUCCAAGACGAUCUUUUCCCAUCAGAAGAGCCAUAGAUGGAUCGCGCGGAAGAAAAUAUUAUGUACCUGACGAGGAGGAUACCUUCGAAACGCAUGGAGCUAGUGGUCAAUACGAUCCUUAUAGAGACACGACAGAUUUUUCAGACAUCAGGGCAAAUGUUCCGGGAGAACCUGGAGUUGAUUACCCCUCGUAUGUAACGAUUCCACAGACAAGUUUCCAGUGUCAGAAUCAAUACAGAGGAUAUUAUGCAGAUGAAGAUGCUGGCUGUCAAUUAUUCCACGUGUGCGACGGUAAUUUUCUCGUCUCCUCCUUCCUCUGCCCCAUCGGUUCAACAUUCAGCCAGAAGUUAUUGACCUGCGACUGGUGGAACAAAGUGGACUGCUCAUCAACUCGAAACUACCACAUUGUAAACCGAGACAGUUUACUCAGUGAAGUGGACGAUGACGAGAUACUGCGAAAGGCGUACGAGAUGACGAGCCUCCAGACCGCAGCAAAGGGUGUUUCCAUCGACUCAAGGACAAGAAACUCGAUCCUGCAAUCGGCCCGCUUCAUCAACGACCUACAAACGACAGGAAAUCGCUACAGGGACUACACAGAUGAUUCCCCAGAGCCUCAAUCCAAAUACAGCUCUAGAUACAACUCCGGAGAUUAUCCCCAAUCGCUGGGAUAUGAUCCAAUGACCUCUGCAAAUCAGCAUAAUCCAAAUAUCAAAGUCCACACAAUCGGUCAAGACCACAAAAACGACGGAAAUCACGAAACUCGAGACUUCAGGCCCUCGUACGCCCCUACUGUUCCAACAGUCACUACAACUACCAGAAGAUUUUAUUCCCCAACAGUUCCAACAACAUCUGCAAGACCCAUGUCCCGACCUCGUCAUGACCUGGAGUUCGAGAGUUCCGAUCAUCUAUACUCAGCCAGAGGUAAGAUGCCAGAACCCGCAAUAUUUCCAGUGACAGGACCAACAAUUGACACCACAACUUCAGUGGUCGUUGAGGUUCCACCAACUCUGACUGAAACAUCCAAAUCGAGAAUCGAGAAAUCACAACCAGAAACAGUGACAGAAGUUACGAUGGACAAGGCAGAUGUCGUAACUCAGUUCUCAGCCAUUGAAUUUCAAUCCGUAUACUCAGGUGAAAAUUACACAUUCCAGAUCGACAUCGACGACCAGCACAAUCCACCCAAACAGGCUGGACCAAUUGGUACCCCAGCCUCUAAUAUAAUUCCACCAUUUUUUUAUUACUCCAAUGUCGACCAACAUGACGCGCUCCAGGAAACUCCAGGAAACUCUACAUCGGCCAGUCCAUUCAUCAUAAACGUGCCAGCUACAGAUGUCAUCCCCCCACUUUCCAAUGAAUUCAUCAACGAAACCAGGAAAAAUCAUGUGGACAAUCGGCUGUUGAUUUCAUCGGAAGCCCUGCAAAGCACUCCUAGUGCUGAGGAAAAAUUGCCUGAUCCAUUUAUUUCCCCGCCUUCAAAGCUCUUCCUCCCGCCGAUUGACCAUUUCCAUGCACUCAAUUCUACGGAUGUGAUUCACAAUGAUGUUGGAGAUGGAUUGAUCAUUGAUUCCAAUGAGCAAAAUAGUGGAGGAAAACCUCGGGAUUCAACUGGGGGUGAGAGUUCACCGUACCAAGUGUCGCUCUCGGUGAAAGGUCAGGACGAACUCAAUCCUCGUGCAUUGAUCAAGAAUUUCCUCGCCCACCAUGAAUCCUCCGGUGAUAUUCGAGACAUUGAAAUUUCGCAAUCCCAAAGAGCAGAACCUUUGAGUCUUUUGAAUAAUUCAAGUGAUGAUUCGAGCGCCGCAGGUGAUGCUUCGAGGGCACAAAUUAUUAAUUACGCGGUACUGAAUAAAUUGCAGGAGAUUCGUUCCCUGGUUCCCUCAGCCACAGAUCUGGAAAAUGCAGAUCAUCUUCCAAGGCCGUUCUCUUUGGAAAAUCGACGAGCCACUGAAAAAAGUCCUUCUGGAGGACCUGGGGGCAGUGAGAGAACGGGUGAAAUGACUGAGAGUCAUUCGCAUGAAGUUGAGUUGAGGAAAAAAGGAGAUACUCCAUUGGAGUUUGAUGUUCCUCCAGCUACUGGAAUCGUGGAAUUUGGAGAUGAGAAGCUGGAGGACUUGGAGGAACAAGUGAGUGGAGAGAAAGAGCAAAAAUUUGAAAAAGAGGAUAACGGCGAUACUGAAUUCAUACCUUCCAUAGGAUUCUCGCUCAAUACAGCCGAGGAACGUAAAGAAUAUACCGAGGCUGUCAUUCGUGGACUUUUCACUGACCUUUCCAUUCCUAAUGUAAAUAGAAGUACUGAAAAUUCCGAGAGUUAAUGAUUGAUAAUUGAUGAUUUUAUAAGAAUCAUGAUCGAAGACAUUUAAGAUUAUGUAUUAAUAUUUUU